GCAUUUAACACCGAGCCAGAAAGCUCAGAGUAUGUGCCGCGGCUGCUAAAAGUAUCAAGUAUCACGAAGACCCAACUACUUACAUAAAAUGGCUCAAACCUGUUUUGCGGUUACCAUCCUGGCGGUCCUGCUACUGGCACAAGGCAUCGCAGCCAAACGAGGAUGUUCAGCAUUCGGUCACUCCUGCUUCGGAGGGCACGGCAAGAGGUCUGACAUUGCCGCCAUUGACCAGACGAACCAAGACCUGAUAGCCCGUCACCAGCUGGGCCAGGAAGAGACGCCCCCCCAUCCAGGCUACCCUCAUUCCGGGUACAGCGGCCUGCUGCCCCUGGGAGACGACAUCAUACCCGUCAGGGAUGGUGGUGUGUACGACAGAGAGGACGGCGCCUCCCGGGACGCCAUCAAGUUCAAACUUCGGAACAUCGUCAAGCAUUGGAUGGACAACAUGAGGCGGCAGCAGAAUAACGACGACGCAUACAUCAUCGACAACUUGUAAACCCACACUGUUUCGCUUACGGUUGCCACCUGCCGACUAAAAAAACAAUUGACAACUGUCUAAAGAAAAAAACAAUGGAAAUGAAACCAUCUUCAACUUUUGUGAUCUUCGAAAAUCAAAAUUUGAAUUUUUAGAAAUCGCAUUCGUCUAUAAAGUGACCUUCUUGGAUUGUUUAUCUGUGGUUAUUUAGUUUGAAUUAAGAAACUUGUAUCAAUAUUGUUUUUUUAAUCAUGUAAAAUCUUUAUCGUGAUAAAAUCUAGAGUUAGAGGUUAGAAAACAAGUAACUAAUAUUACUUGUACUAAGCUAAGUAAUAAAAAGGUAUAAAUGUUAUUUAAAUUACAAUAGUUAUGAAUCGUGAGAAGUGGCAACCCUAAGCUCAUGCUAAAUAUAAAUCUGGAGGUUCCCAUAUUAAUAGAGCGAGCUUGCUUUUCGUAAAAAGGGUCAUUUUAGGAUGAUAUCAUUUCGAAUUUAAAUAUCUUCAUGUAAUUAUUAACAUAUUUAGAAAUAAUAUUAGACGUAUGUUGUAAUAAUCUGUUUUCAAACUACAAACAAUAUUUCCUCAAUAUUUAAUAAUAAUAAUAUUAUGAAAAUCAAGCUCGCCUCUUUACAAUUAUUGUUAUCCUUUGUCUUUACUAUAAAUAUAAACGUUUCUUGUCAAUUAUAAAGUUUAACAUAUAACCAUAAAUUGUAUGUAGAUAAAAAAAGAUUUCCUUAAAAAGGCUGGCUGCUGUAUACUUAAAAAUAAAAAGGCCCGUAUUAAUGAUUGUGUCUCAAGACGAUACUUGAGAAAUUGUUUGGUAUUUUAACUUGACUGAUUUCAAAAAUAUUUUUCUUAUUUUUUAAUAAGAUUUUUUUAAAUCUACUUUCUUCUUUCACUGAAAGCUAUUAUUCUAUUCACACUUUCUUUUUUACUAUCAGCUAAGUACAUAUUUCAUAAAAAAAAAUGUUGUCUAAUAAUAAUAUCGUAUUAUUAAUACGGGCCUAAAUCUGUCACUAUACAUAGUUUCUACAAUAGUAACAAUUUGCUUUUGUAAAAUAGCUUUGUUGUUGUGAGAUUUGGUAUAUUUUCGUUAAUAUUGUACUUUCACCUCAGUACCUGAAAACGUAUUGUUUGGUUUCUAAAUAAAAGUAGUUUCUUUGUAAUACAUAAGUUUACCAUCAAGAUAAAGGAUAAGUAGCUGAAAUGACUGUCUCUGUUAUAUAGAAAGUUUGCGUACUUAAUAAAUGGUUAGUAACAACAUAA